CCCCAGUGAGUAGGAGCAGCGCGCGCGUGGCGGUGGCGCGUGCAGUAGGUGCAGGAUGCCGGGUUUGCUGCUGGGGGACGUGGUUCCGAAUUUCGAGGCCGAGACCACCAUCGGUACCAUCAGCCUGCACGAGUUCCUGGGAGACUCAUGGGGCAUCCUAUUCUCCCACCCUCGUGAUUACACCCCAGUCUGCACCACAGAGCUCGGCCGAGCAGCUAAACUAUGCCCAGAGUUCACCAAACGCAACGUAAAGAUGAUCGCUCUGUCCAUCGAUACUGUGGAGGAUCACCACGGCUGGAGCAAGGACAUCCUGGCCUACAAUAACGAUGAGACAGUUACGGAGUUCCCGUUUCCCAUCAUAGCUGAUUAUAAGCGUGAGCUGGCGGUGGAGCUGGGUAUGCUGGACCCUGUUGAGAAAGAUCAGACCGGGAUGCCUCUUACUGCGAGAUGUGUGUUCAUAAUCGGUCCAGAUAAGAAGUUGAAGCUCUCGCUCCUCUAUCCUGCGACUACGGGGCGUAACUUUGACGAGAUUCUACGAGUGAUCGAUUCCCUGCAGCUAACGGCACACAACCGGGUAGCGACGCCUGUAGACUGGAAGCCUGGGGACCGUGUGAUGGUUCCACCCAACAUCCCUGAGGAAGAAGCUAAGUGCAUGUUUCCAGCCGGAGUGUACACUAAAGAGCUCCCGUCCGGGAGGAAGUACCUGCGCUACACACCUCAACCAUGAACCCUCCAGAAGAACAUACACUCACCAAAACCCUCAGAGAACCAAGAACCUGCAGAAAGAGGGAUAUCUAUAGAGAACUAUGAUGAUACAUGAUGACCUGGAGUGAAGGACAAAGCUGUAUUCAUGACUUAGCAAUAUGCUAACUAGGAUCUAACUCAAGUUACAGGAAGCUGGACCUUCUGGUUUGAUUGCUAACCCAUGAAUUUGACUGAUCAGAUCAUGCAAAGAAUCGUGUCAAUCACUGGUGUGCUGGUACAGAUCUUCCUGCUGAUAGGAGGAAUGAUGUUGUUAGCACUCAGUGGUUUCUGCUGCGUAUCAAAUCAUCUCCAAAACAGGAAAUAAAAACAUGUACGGUUA